AUGUACUCUGCUGCUAAACCCAUGAUAUCUCAGUAUCAGCAUGGCUUCGUGAAAAACCGCUCCACUGUUUCAAACCUGAUGGUCUACACGAGCCUGCUAAACUCUAGCUUGGAUAAGCGCUGUCAAGUUGAUAGCAUAUACGAGGAUUUCACUAAAGCCUACGACAAGUUGACUCAUCAUGUGGCUGCGCUCAUACCUGCAAGGAAACUGAAACAGAGCUCUCCAAAGUCGAGCUGUUUCUCUACACCAUCUGGUGUACCACAAGGUAGUCACCACGGACCGUUGAAUUUCAUUCUGUUUGUGAACGACCUAAGCCACCAUCUUAACUCGCAUCAUCUCAUGUACGCUGAUGACCUAAAGAUCUACCGAGUAAUUAGCUCACCGGUCGAUUGUGCCGCUUUGCAACAAGAGGUUGACACCGUGGCGAAUUGA